UUCGGCUUCAGCCGUGCCGCCUCAGACCCUCACAGCUUCGGCCGCGGCCGCGGCGGAGUCGGCGGUGCGGGCGGCUGCGGGCUGAGCGGCGACUUUCUGAUGUAAAGCUGAGCUGUGAGGAAAAUGGCGGCAGGCGGUUCAAAAUACUUGGUAAAAGGUGGACUGAGAGAACAUUAGAACUAAUUCUGCAUGAACAUCACUUUACUGGUUAAAAAGUUGCUGAUGUAUAUUCAAGAUGAGUGGGUUAGGAGAAAAUGCUUUGGAUCCACUGGCCACUGAUUCCCGAAAACGCAAAUUGCCAUGUGAUGCUCCAGGACAGGGUCUUACCUGCAGUGGUGAAAAGUGGAGAAGAGAACAGGAGAGUAAAUAUAUCGAAGAAUUGGCUGAACUGAUAUCUGCAAAUCUUAGUGAUAUUGACAAUUUCAACGUUAAACCAGAUAAAUGUGCAAUUUUGAAGGAGACAGUAAGACAGAUACGUCAAAUAAAAGAGCAAGGAAAAGCUAUUUGCAGUGAUGAUGAUGUUCAGAAAGCUGAUGUAUCCUCUACAGGACAGGGAGUUAUCGAUAAAGACUCUUUGGGGCCACUUUUACUUCAGGCAUUAGAUGGCUUCCUGUUUGUGGUGAAUAGAGACGGGAACAUUGUAUUUGUGUCAGAAAACGUUACACAGUACCUGCAAUACAAACAAGAGGACCUGCUUAAUACAAGUGUCUACAAUAUCUUGCAUGAAGAAGACAGAAAAGAUUUUCUUAAAAACUUACCAAAAUCUACAGUUAAUGGUGUUCCCUGGACGAAUGAGACCCAGAGACAAAAGAGCCAUACAUUUAAUUGUCGUAUGUUGAUAAAAACCACACAUGAUGUUCUGGAAGACAUGAAUACCAGUCCUGAAAUGCGCCACAGAUACGAAACAAUGCAGUGCUUUGCCUUGUCUCAGCCACGAGCUAUGAUGGAGGAAGGUGAAGAUUUGCAAUCUUGUAUGAUCUGUGUGGCACGCCGUAUUACUACGGUUGAAAGAACAUUUCCAUCAAAUCCUGAGAGCUUUAUUACUAGGCAUGAUCUUUCAGGAAAGGUUGUCAAUAUAGAUACAAAUUCACUAAGAUCCUCCAUGAGACCUGGCUUUGAGGAUAUAAUCCGAAGGUGUAUUCAAAGAUUUUUUAGUUUUAAUGAUGGGCAGUCAUGGUCGCAGAAACGUCACUAUCAAGAAGCUUAUAUUCAUGGCCAUUCAGAAACCCCAGUGUAUCGAUUUUCAUUGGCUGAUGGAACUAUAGUGACUGCACAAACAAAAAGCAAACUCUUCCGGAACCCUGUAACUAAUGAUCGGCAUGGUUUUGUUUCAACCCACUUUCUUCAAAGAGAACAGAAUGGAUAUAGACCAAACCCAAAUCCUAUAGGACAAGGCGUUAGACCUCCUGCAGCUGGAUGCAACAGUUCGGUAGGCAGCAUGAGCAUGUCACCAAACCAAGGCUUACAGAUGCUGAGCAGCAGGGCCUAUGGCUUGGGAGACCCCAGCACCCCUGGGCAGCUGAGUGGAGCUAGGUAUGGGGCUUCCAGUAACAUUGCUUCACUGACGUCUGGGCCUGGCAUGCAGUCACCAUCUUCCUACCAAAACAACAACUAUGGGCUCAACAUGAGUAGCCCCCCCCAAGGCAGUCCUGGUCUUGCCUCCAAUCAGCCGAAUAUUAUGAUAUCACCUCGUAACCGUGGGAGUCCAAAGAUGCCCUCACAUCAGUUUUCUCCUGUUGCAGGUGUACACUCUCCCAUGGGAUCUUCUGGCAAUACAGGAAGCCAUAGUUUUUCCAGCAGCUCUCUCAGUGCCCUGCAAGCCAUUAGUGAGGGUGUGGGGACUUCUCUUUUAUCUACCUUGUCUUCACCAGGACCCAAACUGGAUAACUCCCCCAAUAUGAAUAUAUCUCAACCAAAUAAAGUGAACAGUCAGGAUUCCAAGAGUCCCAUAGGCUUGUACUGUGACCAGAAUCCCGUGGAGAGUACAAUGUGUCAGUCAAAUAGCAGAGAUCACCUCAAUGACAAAGAAAGUAAAGAGAGCAACAGUGAAGGGUCAGAGAACCAGAAGGGUCCUUUAGAAAGCAAAGGUCAUAAAAAAUUACUGCAGUUACUCACCUGCUCUUCUGAUGAUCGAGGCCAUUCCUCCUUGACUAACUCCCCCCUGGAUUCAAGUUGUAAAGACUCUUCUGUUAGUGUCACUAGCCCCUCUGGAGUCUCCUCCUCAACAUCUGGAGGCGUGUCCUCCACAUCCAAUAUGCACGGGUCACUGUUGCAAGAGAAGCAUCGGAUUUUGCAUAAAUUGCUGCAGAAUGGGAAUUCACCAGCUGAAGUAGCUAAGAUUACCGCAGAAGCCACUGGGAAAGACACCAGCAGUACAGUUGCUUGUGGUGAAGGAACUGUCAAGCAGGAGCAGCUGAGUCCUAAGAAGAAGGAGAAUAAUGCACUUCUUAGAUACUUGCUGGACAGAGAUGACCCUAGUGAUACACUCUGUAAAGAAUUACAGCCCCAAGUUGAAGGAAUGGAUAAUAAAAUGGGUCAGUGCAGCAGCUCCACCAUUCCCAGCUCAACGCAAGAGAAGGAGCCUAAAAUCAAAACUGAAACAAGUGAAGAGGGACCUGGAGACUUGGAUAAUCUAGAUGCUAUUCUUGGUGAUCUGACUAGUUCUGACUUUUACAGUAAUCCUGUAUCCACAAAUGGCGGUCAUCUGGGGAGCAAGCAACAAAUGUUUCAAGGAACUAAUUCUCUGGCUGGUGUUAGAAGUCCACAAUCUGUGCAGCCUGUUCGUCCACCAUAUAACCGAGCAGUGUCAUUAGAUAGCCCUAUUACUGUUGGCUCAAGUCCUCCAAUGAAGAAUAUCAGUGCUUUUCCCAUGUUACCAAAGCAACCCAUGUUGGGUGGGACCCCAAGAAUGGUGGAUAAUCAGGAAAAUUAUGGCUCAAACAUAGGUGGGCCAAACAGAAAUUUGACUCUGAGUCAGGCUUCUAACUCAGGAGACUGGGGUUUACCGAAUUCAAAGGCCAGCAGAAUGGAACCUAUGAGUUCAAACUCCAUGGGAAGGCCAGGAGGAGAAUAUAAUGCUUCUUUACCCAGACCUUCAUUGGGUAGCACUAUGCCAACCUUUCCUCUUCGGUCAAAUAACAUAACAGGUGUGAGGCCAACAUUGCAGCAGCAGCAGCAGCAGCAGCAACUACAACAGCAGCAGCAACUACAGCAGCAGCAGCAGCAACCUCAGAUGAAACCUGGUGAGAUUCCCAUGGGAAUGGGUGUCAAUCCCUAUGGCCAAGCAGUACCAUCUAACCAUCCUGGUUCCUGGCCAGAUGGCUUGCUCUCCAUGGAACAAGGCCCUCAUGGGACUCAAAACAGACCAAUUCUUAGGAAUUCCCUGGAUGAUCUACUUGGGUCACCCUCUAACUUGGAAGGCCAGAGUGAUGAAAGAGCUCUGUUGGACCAGCUGCACACACUUUUGAGUAACACAGACGCCACAGGCCUAGAGGCAAUUGACCGAGCUUUGGGCAUCCCAGAACUUGUGAAUCAGGGACACGCUUUGGAUCCCAAACAGGAUGCUUUCCAAGGCCAAGAAGCAGCAGUAAUGAUGGAUCAGAAGGCAGCAUUAUAUGGACAGACAUAUCCAACACAGGGGCCUCCAAUGCAAGGAGGCUUUAAUCUUCAGGGACAAUCACCAUCUUUUAACUCUAUGAUGAAUCAGAUGAGCCAACAAGGCAGUUUUCCUCUCCAGGUGAUGCAUCCUAGGGCCAACAUCAUGAGACCUCGGACAAACACCCCAAAGCAACUUAGAAUGCAGCUUCAGCAGAGAUUGCAGGGCCAACAGUUUUUGAAUCAGAGCCGGCAGGCACUUGAAAUGAAGAUCGAGAACUCCACUGGAGGUGGUGCUGCAGUGAUGAGGCCUGUGAUGCAGCCCCAGGUGAGCUCCCAGCAGGGUUUUCUAAAUGCUCAGAUGGUUGCUCAGCGUAGCAGGGAGCUGCUAAGUCAUCACUUCCGACAGCAGAGGGUGGCAAUGAUGAUGCAGCAGCAGCAACAGCAACAGCAGCAGAGCCAGGCCUUCAGCCCUCCUCCAAAUGUGACUGCUUCCCCCAGCAUGGAUGGCAUCUUGGCAGGAUCUGCAAUACCACAGGCUCCAGCACAGCAGUUUCCGUAUCCACCAAAUUAUGGAAUGGGACAACAACCAGAUCCAGCCUUUGGUCGAGUACCUAGUCCUCCUAAUCCAAUGAUGUCAUCAAGAAUGGGUUCAUCUCAGAACCCCAUGAUGCAGCAUCCACAGACUGCACCCAUGUAUCAGUCCUCAGAAAUGAAGGGCUGGCCAUCAGGAACCUUGGCCAGGAACAGCUCCUUUCCCCAGCAGCAGUUUGCCCACCAGGGGAAUCCUACAGCAUAUAGUAUGAUGCACAUGAAUGGCAGCAGUGGUCACUUGGGACAGAUGAACAUGAACUCCAUGCCCAUGUCAGGCAUGCCCAUGGGUCCUGAUCAGAAAUAUUGCUGACACUCUUACACCUGGACUUCUAAGAAAAUCAGUGUACAAAUGCUACUGCCACAGCAUUAUUGGGAGGUGAAGAAUCCUUGUUCAGGCGUCCAGUUGUGAAGUGAGGACCAGCUCUGAUCUCCAUCAGGGGUACUCCAAGAGAUGUCAUUUGAUCAGGACUUAAACGGAAGUGCACUAUCUGUUUUGUUUUUUCUUUUGUAUAUCAUGGAAUGCAAAAAGUUUUUUUUUGACAUUCUGCCUUUCAGUGAUGUGAUUUUGAAGAAAGGAGUGAAUAUGAUCACAAUAUUCUUCUGUGAUCACACUUCCUUCUGCCUGGCUAGCCAAAGUCUUUCAGCUAAAUGUAGAUGGCCAGAGAGCAAGUGAGAGAUCAGGACAUCUGUGGUUUCUCUAGUUGCAGUAUUGAACAGAGAGCGUAGUCCCAGUUUUGAAGUGUUUUCUAAGUAAUUUAUGCUGUUCUUUAUGCAGUGAAAUUGGCAUAUCUGAGUUUUUGUUCUUUGCUCAUUUUUUAAAAUUGUCCUAGGCCUUCUCUUAGAAUUAGCAUUUCAUUUGGCCUUAAAGUCCUGUAAUGACUUCACCUCCAACAUGUCACUGAUGUCUAGUAGCUUUGCAGAAAGCUAAUUGAGAUGACAGUAUUUAAUUGCAGCAGUGGCAGUUUUUCAUAUGCUGACGUGCAGCUGAGUGCACUUUAUUUAAAUAAAUAAGUAAUGGAUAAAUGCAAUAUUCUUGGUCUUGAGGAAUGGUAAACAUUCGUGGUUUUUGUCUCCAUUAAUUUGUUGGACAAAAACUGAUUUUCUUUUAAAGUACUGGUGUCACCCUUUGCCUAUAUGGUAGAGCAAUAAUGCUUUUUGAAAAUAAACUUCUGUAACUCUAAGGCCAGAAAACUGCCUUCUGAAUCAGAAGUUUGCAGUGUUUCUGUGAAUAAAUUUUUUUGUAAAUAUGACUUAUUAAAAUAUUGUAUGAUGUAAGAUAUGUAUAUACCUUUUUUUAGAUCAUAACUCAUUUUUACAGAGUUUGUGAAGCCGAGUAUUUAACAAUUUGUCGAUUUUAGUACGCUGUGUGUGGUGAGGAUCCCUGAAUCACCUGGGCCUGGGGUUGGAGAGGAUGACAUAUCCCGUUUUUCUUUUACCCCAGUGUCAGAUGCCUCACUCUUUUCAUUCUCUCAGUCUAAAUCCUUUUUAAAGAGAUCAUUUGUUUAGAUGUAAAUGAGCAUUUAAAAAAAAUUUUUUU